CCCUGCUGCAGGGCUACGAGAUCCACGUCACCCCCAGCGUCAAGCCGGAGCCCGAGCACAUGAAGGACAUUAUCCAGUGCAGCGGGGGGGUCUUCCUGCCCCACAUGCCUCGGACCUACAAGAACAAGCGCAUCGUCAUCUCCUGCCCCGAAGACCUGCCCCGCUGCCGACCCGCCCGGAGCGCCCGGCUGCCCAUCGCCAGCACCGAGUUCCUCCUGACGGGCAUCCUCCAGCAGGCGCUAGACCUGCCCCCCUACCGCCUGGACGGGCCGCCGGCCCCGCACCCGCCCAGCGCCCCUGCCCCUGCCACCCGGGCGAGCAAGGGGAAGGGGGCGUCGGGUCCUGCCCCCGCCCCACCCGGCUCUGCCAAGAGGCGGCGCUGAGGGGCCAAUGGGCCCUGACCUUGGACCCACGAGCCUUAACCCUGUAAAUACCUCCCUUUUCUAGCAG